CACGGAUCGGUAUUUCAAUCCACAUUUUAAACGGAUGAGUUUAUUUUAUAGGGAUGCACGGUCAGCGUAUUUCUUAACGUUUAUUUAUUUCUGAAAGCGGUAUUCGUGUGGCCUCUCGAACAACGCUCUGGGGAUUAAAAAAAUGUCAUCUUCCUACGGCCGUGGCUUGUCGUUCGCACACUUUCCCGCCGAGCGGCGCGUCGUCUGCUCGCACUACGACCUUGGUCCGUCCUUGUCACAGAACGUCGCGGAGGGCGGGGGCGCUCGGUCGACGUCGAAAGCAGCGGGGCGUCGGAUCUGAGGGGUUGGAGUUUGGUUCGCCAGCGCAUCCGAGUGGGGCGGAAGGCUUCGGAAUAAGUGCACUGCAACUCGCAAGGCGCCGCAGAUGUCGUCGGACCGCGAGGCGUGCGGCCUGGGCUCCAUCAUCCCCAUGAGCUGCCGGGGCCGCGCCGAGGCCUUCGCCCGCCGCCUGCACAGCCGGCUGCAGACGCUGGGCCGCCCCGGCCCGGGCCUGGACGAGUCCUCGGACGAGAGCAGCUGGAUCGGCCGCCAGUCGUCCGUCACCAGCUGCCAGCCGCGCCUCAGCUCCUCCUCGGACUCGGACAUCUUCUUCGACUUCGACCUGGAGUCGUCGGGCAGCCCCGAGGAGGAGGAGCCCCCUCCGCCCGCCAGGCGCCACCCGCAAGACGUGGACUCCGGCUCGGCGCUCUCCCUGUCCACCACGGAGCGGACGUCGCCCGUCAGCGAGGGGAGCUCCGACGAGCGGUACUUCGACCCGGACAGCUCGGACUGCGAGGGCUCCAGGUCCGAGGCCCCGGGCGAGCCCGGGAACAAGUCCAAGUGUCCGGAGGGACCCGCGCUGUGCAACGGACACAUACCCAAUCACUGCGCGGAACAUCCGAGCCCGCGAUCGACCGGCGGGCACCGUCUCGACAGCUCGUCGGCGACGGAAAGGCACAACAAGAUAAACACGUCUCGGUUCGGAGAUCUGAACACCGAAGAGAAAAAUAACUGUGGCGUGAAUCACCGCAUUACAAACUGCAAAGAUCUCCCUGCAGGACUUCCAUCGACGAACCAGAAACACGCUGAGUUAGUUUCUGAUUCGGGCGAUAAGGAGAAGGAAUGCGCAUUACGCGAAAGCUUUUGCAAGACUGACAAUGACUCGCAGGGUACUGCAACCGCAGCUGAGAUUGAAGAUGAUGAUGAUAACCCAACCCCAACGAAUGAGUUUGCAAGGAGUAACAACAUUCACGCCUUCAACGGAAUGGACGAUUGUAUAUUAUCGGACGAAUCCGGAUGUUUGUGCAGAGCUAAUAGUCUGGAAGAUUUAAGUUUGGAAGAUGAGCACAUUGGGGAAAACUGUACCGAUGUUUCGGCUGAGGUCGGCGAAGAUGGCAAGUCUUCUCGGAGUGACGUCGACUCGGCCUACUGCUGCAGCUCAUUCGUCCGGCCUAAAAACCUGCUCAUAGACUGCUCGAUCUCGAAUUCCGAAAUCGAGCAGCUUUCUUCCCUCGUCCCGCUGAGAAUCGAUUCGGACGCGGGGGUCACCUCUGGAGUUGAGUCCGUCCCUGAGGACAGCGUGGAGAGACCGAAGAACACGGACGACGAAGACGAGGAGGAGGAGGAUGAGGAGAAGGACAGUCGACCUCGCCGGGUGAGGCGCAGCUCGUCGUUGAAGUCGGGCAAGACUCCCCCCGGCACCCCGGGCCGCAAGAAGAUCGUCCGCUUCGCCGACGUGCUGGGGCUGGACCUGGCGGACGUUCGCACCUUCCUGGACGAGGUGCCCCGGGUGCCGCAGUCGGCGUACCAGGAUCUGCUGGACGUCGACCUCUCCGUCCGGGCGGCGGGCGCCGAGGGGGUGUUGUUACCCUCGCUCGCGCGGCAGCCCGACAGGUGCCUGGUGCCCAUGUUCCAGCAGCCGGGAGCCCAGGCCGACUUCCUGGACAAGGUGCGCGAGCGGCAGGUGUGCCUGGAGAGCGCCGUCGUGACCGACGCCACCUUCUUCACCGUCUCCGGGGUGGUGCGCGUCCGCAACCUCGACUUCCACAAGAGCGUCUACGUCAGGUACACCCUGGACGGCUGGAGGACCUUCUCGGACCUGCAGGCGUCCUACGUGGACGGCUCGUGCGACGGCUUCUCGGACAAGUUCAGCUUCAAGCUGUACGCGCACACCGUCGGCGUGGGCGGCAAGGUCGAGUUCGCCGUCAGGUUCCAGUGCAGGGGUUUGCAGUACUGGGACAGCAACCUGGGCGCCAACUACACGUUCCAGUGCCUGCCUCCCGUGGUCGCCCCCGCGACCUCCCUGCCGCUCGCCAGUCCCGUGGACACGUGGACCGCUUCCUUCUACUGACCCUGGUUCUCUUGAGCAGUUUUCCUGCAGUCUUCAGUAAAACUGUUCUCUCAUUCUGUUCUAAAGUAAUACAGGCACUUGCAGAGCCUCGACUUAAACUAUAUUUAAAAAAAAGGGGGGCAUUUAAAUGUCUAAUCAAAGUCCCUGAUAUUUUUAGAGAGUCAUUACAAAUGUAAAAAAAUAUAUGUAAUGCGUUUGUUCGUCGUCCCUCGAUUGCACAGGAUUUUUGUCCCAAAACUUGCAUGAAAAUACUAAUUCUGAAAUAAAAUACCCGAAAAAUUUUACUGGGUAUGUGAACAAUUUAAAAAAUCUUAGCAUUUGUUCAAAUACACGAGAAUAUAAUAUAGUUUGGUAUAAGUUAUUUUACAAAUUACGGGGGAAAAAAUAAUUAAAGUGACCCUGUUUAAGGUAAUUUUUAUGAUCGAGAUGUCAGAAAAUGAAUUUUAAAUAUAGCAUAUAUAUAUAGUUGAUCUAUUUUAUCUGAUUUUGUGAUAGCGUGUACUGAAACAUGUUUUAGUACAUGUAGGAAAAACAUUUUAUUUUUAGCAUAGUUCAUUUAACUUUCUGAAACUUUGAGACUGUAAUAAUGGAGCCCUUUUGUUAUUCCCUUAUGUAAAUAGAACAUCCAUGUUAAAAUGUAAACGUGUUGAAAUUUAUUACUAAUAUAUAUACGAAGAAUAUUUUCAUUGUGUGCCAUAAUUGAAUAUGCAUAUUACUGUGUGUUAGAGAAAAUAUAACCACGGUGCAAUAAUGUUCAGAAACGGUAUAUUUUUUAACUAUAUAAAAUAUAAGCCUUAUCUGAAAUUAAAUGUACUUUCCUGUUUAAACAUGUUUAAAGGAUAUUAUGUAAUCAAAAUAUUGUUGUAAUUUACUAAAUAUGUUGAGUUCCUAUAGGGCUAAAUCUAAAAUUACGGUUAUAAAUGUCGGAGCGGGUUCGUUUGCGAUAUUUCACUUCUAAACUUACUGCCGUCAACUCUGCUGAUAACUUGUCGUCGUCCCCCCCCCACCCCCCAUCAACCCCUUUUCCCUUUUGCUAUGUUAAAAUAUUAUUAUUGCUUUCAAUAAUAUGAUGUUAACUCAAGUAUCUUAGAAAGUGUUAAGAUGCACAAACAUGGACCCAGAAAUCAACUAAAAGGCUAAUAGUAUUUUU